AGUACGACGUGACCGGUCAUUGCCAGUACACUCUCCGGCCACCGACACGACUUCCCGGUCACCGGUUACGCCUAAAACCACGUGGUUCACGCCCCGUACCGCCUUCACGAUCCCCCCAUGGUUAUGGUUUUUUUUUUUUAAACUUCCCGCACUCUGAUCUUCACAUUUUCUGAAAACCCACCACAGAGAGAGAGAGAGAGAGAGGCGUUACGGUUUCCAACACUCACUCACGCAGAAAUCAAGACGCUUGCUUUUCCACUGAACGUAGGUUCUUGAGAGAGAAAGUAACUGUCCUUUGGAGAGAGACAGCAAAUGGUUUGGUUUUUUCCGGUGAUGAAGAUCCCCAAGUGAAGCAGCCGCUUUCUGUUUUCCUUUUGUUUUCUUCUCGAGAGAUUUCAGAAACGGAGGGGACAUUUGGUUGCAGCAGAGAAAGUUGAAAGAGCUCGAUGAUGAUGAAGGGAGGAAGGCCAUCUAAAAAUGUUCAGUCGAAGCGAUCCGCGAAAAACGGAAGAAGAGAACAAAAGCAGCAGCAGCAAGUGAACGGUGCCAAAAGAUCUCAAGAACAAGAAAAGCCCAAAGCUUUGGAUGCUAAGGAAGAUCUCAACACUGAUCCGACCACGCAAUCCGAGUCUUGCGAGGUUUACGAGACAGUGGAUGUGCAUUACGUCGAUGACAAUGCCAAUGCCUCCUCUUCAGAUGCUCAUCAAGGAUCAGAUUCUGGAAUUGUUACAGAGAAAACGGCGAAAGGGGAGAAAGAUGAAGAAGAAGAAGACAGAGAAGAUGAAGAAGAAGAAGAUUAUGAUGUGAAAUCUGUUUCCGAAGUUGUCAAUGUCAAUGGAAUGGCCGAGGAACCGAAAGAUGCCGAGGUUUGGGAGGAUGCUUCGACCGGAGCACUUAGCGCAGGAAGCGAGAACGAGCUGCCUGACGGCAAAGAAAACGGCCGGGGAGGACGUGAAAGCGAAGGGUUGAAGCAAAAGAUCGAAGCUUUGGAGACAAGAAUGGAGAAACUCGAAGAGGAACUGAGAGAAGUAGCUGCACUCGAGAUUUCGUUGUAUUCGGUAGUGCCCGACCACUCCAGCUCUGCCCACAAGUUGCAUACCCCGGCUCGGCGUCUGUCCAGGCUCUACAUCCAUUCCUGCAAGCAUUUGACUCAGAGGAACCGUGCAACGAUCGCCAGAAACACCGUGUCUGGUCUGAUUCUGGUCGCCAAGUCUUGCGGAAACGAUGUCCCGAGAUUGACAUUCUGGUUGUCGAACGCCAUUGCUUUACGGGAGAUCAUUGCUCAGGCAUUUGGAAGAUCCCUCAUUUCCACAAAGAUAUCUGAUUCAAAUGGGAAGAACAGCAAUGGUUCUGGGAAGCCGACGAGCCAAAAAUGGAGGAAGAGCUCUGGAACUAAGCUCUCCAAUGGCUUCAGCCAGCUUUUCGAGGAUUGGCAGGACACUGAAACAUUCAUUGCAGCUCUUGAGAAAGUUGAAUCAUGGGUAUUCUCUAGAAUCGUCGAGUCGGUCUGGUGGCAGGUUUUCACUCCGCAUAUGCAAUCCCCGGAAACCGAUGUCUCGACCGGUAAAAUGAACGGGAAACUGAUGGGACCUUCAUUGGGCGAUGAACAGCAAGGAAACUUUUCUAUUAGCCUAUGGAAAAAUGCUUUCCAAGAUGCUCUCAGACGGCUUUGUCCUAUCCGAGGCAGCGGCCAUGAAUGCGGCUGCUUACCCGUUUUAGCUAGACUGGUUAUGGAGCAGUGCAUUGCCAGAUUCGAUAUAGCCAUGUUCAAUGCGAUUCUACGAGAGUCAGAGCAUCAGAUCCCGACAGAUCCUGUCUCGGAUCCUAUCCUAGAUUCCAAGGUUCUGCCUAUUCCGGCCGGAGAUUUAAGCUUUGGAUCGGGGGCACAGCUUAAAAACGCGGUUGGAAAUUGGUCGAGAUGCCUCACCGAACUGUUCGGUCUGAAUUCUGACGAUUCUGUAGAAGACGAAAACCGAAACAGUGAGCAUGUAAAAUCUUUCCUUUUGCUAAAUGAACUGAGUGAUCUUCUGAUGCUACCAAAGGACAUGCUUAUGGACCGUUCGAUCAGAGAAGAGGUGUGCCCUUCCAUUGGCCUUCCGCUGAUCAAGAGAAUACUCUGCAACUUCACUCCCGACGAGUUCUGUCCUGAUCAUGUCCCUGGAGCUGUCCUAGAAGAACUCAAUGCCGAGAGCUUUCCCGGGCGGAAGUUAUCAGGAGAAUCAUCUAGAAGCUUCCCUUAUGCAGCUUCCCCUGUUUUCUACAUUCCUCCGUCAUCAGUUGAUGUAGCGGAAAAAGUAGCCGAGGCAGGAGACGUGUCUAAGUUAUCGAGGAACGUGUCUAUGAUACAGAGGAAAGGUUACACAAGCGACGAGGAGCUGGAGGAAAUGAAUUCCCCUCUUACAUCGAUUAUCGAUAAAGUGUCUCUAUCACCAAAUGCGACACCCAAGGGGAAUGUGAAGAAGGAUGAGAAUGUCGGUCCGGUGGCUACGAAUGCAAGAUACGAGCUUCUCCGAGAAGUGUGGUCUAUGUAAGGUAUGAAUCCAGAAUGUAUAUUCCAUACGUUUUCGAUAUUUUACAGAUGAAAGCAGCUACGGAUGUCAGAAACUGGCGGCCGGUCUGAAGUAAAAAACUGUUUCAGUCAGCCAUUGUUUGUAUCUUUGAAACAGUGUUUAUUACAUGGAUCAUGUGGUUUAUACUUGA